GCUCCAUAGUUUGAUCACCCCUCAUCUUCCUCCGAUCAGUGGUGGGACUUUUUCUUCCCAAAGCCAAGAGAAGGUUUGACCAUGGCGACGCUCACUGUUCCCGAGCCAAUUCCUUCCCCGGCUGAGGACGCCGAGAGCAUCCACAAGGCCGUCCAUGGAUGGGGAACUAACGAGAAGACACUGAUCAACAUUUUAGCACAUAGAAACGCCACUCAAAGAAAGCAGAUUCAGUUGGCUUACGAGGAAUUGCACAACGAGAGUCUCACCAAAAAGCUCGAAUCAGAACUGAAAGGAAAUUUUGAGAAAGCUGUAUACCGCUGGAAUUUUGAGCCAGUCGAGAGAGAGGCCGUGAUGGCUUGUAUUGCUUUGAGGAAGAGUUUUAAUUCUCAUGUGAUUAUAGAAAUUGCAUGUGUCAACUCGCCAAAUGAGCUUCUAGCUGUGAAAAAGGCGUACCAAGUUAAAUGUCGGCGCUCUCUGGAAGAAGAUGUUGCUGCUCACACUGUUGGAGAUUUGCGCAAGCUAUUGUUUGGCCUCGUAAGCACGUACCGCUAUGACGGAGAGGAUAUUGAUGUGAAGUUAGCGAAAUCAGAAGCCAAAAUUUUGCAAGAGCAUAUAAAGGAUAAUGAACUGAACCAUGACGAAAUCAUAAGAAUCUUGGGUACUAGAAGCAAGGCACAGAUUUAUGCCACUUUCAAUAGCUAUAGAGAAGAAUAUGGUACUUCAAUUGAAGAGGCUUUGGCUGGUGAUUCUACAGAUGAAUAUGCACUGGCACUCCGAGCUGCGGUUGCUUGCAUCAUCGAUCCCCACUUGUACUUUGUUGAGGCCCUUGAUGCUGCUCUCGAGAAAUCAGAUGAAGACACACUGACUCGCAUUAUCGUACUGCAUGCCGAGAAAGAUCUUGGGGAGAUCAAAGACAAGUUUCAUAAGAGGAAGAAUGCUCCCCUUGAACAUGCAGUGGCUAAGAAGACUUCUGGAGACUACGAGGCCUUUCUUCUCGCUUUGUUGGGUGACUGAUCUACUCUUUCAGCGUUCUUGUGGGUCUAGUUUUGCUUUCAGAACUUGCUUGUGCUUGAGGCAAACUUUCUUUAUCAGCAUCUGUCUAGUGCUUGAAGAGCUUGGCUUGGUUUGCUAAAUAAUUUGGCAUGUUUGCUGUUUGUCAGCUAUGUUGUUGAGAUGUUGCAUGAACUAGCUCGAUAUAAGAAUAAAUCUUCAUA